AUAUUACAAAUAAAACAUCUAUUUUUUUUUUCCCUUGGCUUUCAAUUUGAUGAUCUCUUCAACCUAAUCUGCCAGAUAUCAAUGAAGAUGCCGAAAUGGAGUUUCUUGGUUUUCGUUCUUUUGGGCUUCAUCUCCACCGUCGCUGAUUCAAUGCGGUUCGAUCUUCAAUCCGGCGCCACCAAAUGCAUUUCCGAUGACAUCAAGACCAACGCCAUGACCGUCGGGAAAUAUUCGGUGGUUAAUCUCAACGAAGGUUUUCCCAUCCCUGAUUCCCACAAGCUCACUGUUAGGGUUAGUUCGCCUCACGGCAACACGUAUCAUAAUGCGGAUCAUGUGGAAUCUGGACAUUUCGCGUUCACUGCAGCCGAGUCUGGUGAUUAUACUACUUGCUUUUGGGCUCCCGAACAAAAGCCCCUUGGUUCGGUUACUGUGGAAUUUGAUUGGAGGUCUGGUGUUUCUUCUAAGGAUUGGUCCAAGGUUGCUAAGAAAGGCCAGGUUGAAGUAAUGGAACUUGAGUUGAAGAAGUUGUACGACACAGUCAUCUCCAUACACGAUGAGAUGUUUUAUCUCCGUGAAAGAGAGGAGGAAAUGCAGAAACUGAAUAGAUCAACAAAUGCAAAGAUGGCCACUUUUAGUCUCUUAUCACUUGGAGUUUGCUUGUCUGUGGCUAGUUUACAGUUAUGGCAUCUCAAGACAUUCUUUGAACGCAAGAAAUUGCUGUGACUUUUUUUACAUUCUGAUAUAUUCUUUUUUUUAAAAAAAUUCCUUGUCUUUUUCUUUUCCAUGUUAAAUUUUUUAUUUUUUAUUAGAUGCAUCAGUUUAUGUUGGACUUGAAUUUACAGAGCAGUUGCGAGUUCUCAAGCUAAUUGAAGGGAAAUAUAUUCACAUGAUAUUUUGAAAUAUAUGAUGUUACCUUCUACUGUUUAUGGACGAAUUUGUUUUAUUAAUCACAAUAAACUACCCAUCUAGAAA